AUUACAGCUCAGAGAGCAGUUUCUUAAUAACAUAAAAUUUACUUAUUUUCAAACAAAUUAACGCAAACACUAAAAAAUCGCAUAUAUCCAAAUAAACGAAAUGGAAGUUAAUGAUUUAAGCAGUGAUUCCGAGGAAUUCGCUAAAAAUCUUGCCGGUCAACCUAUUCCGUUUCCCUUGCCACCGCAUAAGGAUCCCACCAUCUGUCGCGAUCAAUUUCUUAAGACACUACUGAAACCCUUUGAAAGCAUUGAACACAGGGAAGAUGAGUCUCUCAGAAAGUCUUCGAUUCAAUAUCAUCACACAUCAGUAACGGCAGAGGGAAUGGCCAUAAUGAGGAUGCUGCAGGGACAUCGAGCUACGAUUAAAAGUGUGGAUGUAACUGAAUUCCGACCAUUGCUUACAUGGGAAGACUUGCAGGUGCUAUACAAGGCCUGCCUCUAUCAGUUUCAAAAGUCAGCCAUCGAGUUUCUCUCGGUUCGGCUAAGAAAACAAAUCGACACGAUCCUAAAUAUAUGGCCAGGUGAAGUCGACGAAAUACCGCACAAGCUCUUCCAUUGGUCUUUCGAGCAUUUCUUACCCCGCAUCAAAAUCAACCAACUGUAUCUGGAUGUGUUAGCCAUGGAGAGGACGAAGCAUGAUUUGGAUUGUGCCAAAUUUUGUAUUGACAUUAAGGAAAUUAUACGACUACUCCAAGCUAUCAGGAUGGACUUUUUUUCGGAAAAAGAUUUUUGCGCAAGCUCUCUAGAGCUAUUGAACCAAUCGAACUAUGAGGUGAACUCAGCCUGGGUAGCGGAACUGGAACAGCUGCGCGCUACUCGUAAGAAUUUGACUACAAUUGCUCACGGAAGCUCAUUUCGCUUGGAGUCGCAGUUCGGUUCCCGAAUGGUAGCCGAAAAUGACAAGGCUGAUGCUAUAAUGCUUAUAGAGAUGCGCUAUCGGGUCAAUUGGCUGCGCAGCUGUGGGGAUCAGCAUCAGAUGUGGUUGCAGUCCAAGGAGAACGUCUAUCUGGAUGAGAUGAAUGAGCUGCUGAGUGAAAUAAAACAUAAUAAAGAGACAUUUGGUUUCGUCGAUUUCGUAUACCAAUAUCAGGUAGACAGCUAUAGGGCGGCAAUUGUCACAUGGCAGGAGCGGCUCGACACGGAUUUGGAGGCGGCCGAGCUCGAGUGCAAUAUAACGCGUAAUCUAUGGAUUAAGGCCAAGGAUGAUCUCAAAUUUUAUAAGGAACAAGUGGAAAUGUUUAAAGCCCGAGUCUUGGAGGUACUUGCGCUGGGUAGCGAAGAGGAAGGAGCACAAGGUCGUUCAAAGACGCGGCGCUCCACAAAAUCGCUGGGCUCUCGAAAGAGUAAAUUAUCGACCGGAAGAGGUGUUUCGCCCGGCAAGAACAAGAAGAAGAAAAAGAAGUAAUAUUCAUACAAAUUUCAAGUCUCUUAGCAAUGCCAAGAACAAAAAGCUACAAAAAACAACCUGUGUUGGCAACCAAAACAAGCCCAUAACAGGAAUAAAGUUCAAAUUCUCAGGCCGCGGAACCCUCAAAAGUAGAAUUUCAACACAAAUUGGCCAAAAAAAGGGAUUCGUUGUCGACUCCCACAUCGAAAUCAAAGUCAAGCCAAAAAACUCUGUGCAAACAUUUACCAAAUGCAUUUGUCAAAACAGCGAAAUUGUUGUGCGUGCUUAUACCCUGUACUCAUUCGAUUUGCAGAGGCAGGAGUAUUAUC